AGUCUUCGGUUAAAUUUUGUUGUGGUCAGACCUACCUAGGGGACACUCGGACAGCUUAGGAAAGGUCCUCUCUCUCGCGGCUAAUCGAUUUUAAUGGCACAUAAAGAUAGAGCCUAAAUUCGUACAGGAAAUUGUAGCUAAUGGUUUCUUUUUAUUGAAUAAUUGUCGCGGAAAAGUGUUGCGACUUUCCUGUGAAAGUAGUUUUCCAAAUCGGGUUUCUUCUGUUUCGUUUUUCAUUUUUUUCAUCCGUCAUUUCUCCCGGGGCAGUGGAUCGAUUUUUCGGGUUGACGGUGCAAACGUUGCCAAAAUUGUAGCUGCUCAUUUGAUGUGCGAAAAUUGUCCAUCGGAAAAAAAGAAUAGUGACGGCAAAAAGGGAGGAGUGUAAAUUUUCUCUUUCGUUUUCUCCUUGAGUAUUUUCGUUUUUGGUUUUCCCUUUGAGUUUUCCAAUUUUAUUUUACUGAGCUUCGUGCAAAUCCAGACAUCGGAAGCACGAUCAUCGGAGAAGCUUUUAAAAGCAAAAAUAGUGAGUCCAAGCUAGAUUCGACUUAACCGGAUAGAAGAACCCGGAAGAAGAAUGGCGGAGAACGAGAACUUAAGUAAUGGGAACAGUAGUAGUAGUAGCAGAGAAGAUAUGCACUUUUUCGAAGGAGUCGAAAAGCUGUUAGAGAUCUGGUUCGAACCGAAUCCCUCUAACAAGAAUGCAGAUCUAAGAAUGAUCCCUAGACCAAUGUGGGACGCCCUGCUGAAAACAGUACGCUGUGAAAUCAUCAGCUUCACCAGAAACGAACAAAUCGAUGCCUACGUCCUGAGCGAAAGCAGCAUGUUCGUUUCGAAGCGUCGCUGGAUUUUGAAGACGUGCGGCACCACGACGCCACUGCAGUGUCUGGAACCGUUGCUACGUCUGGCGUCGGAAAUCGCUGGCUACACCGAGAUCGAGGAUCUGUUUUACUCUCGCAAAAACUACAAACGCCCUGAACUGCAGGUCUCUCCCCAUCGUGGCUUCGAGGAGGAAGUGGCUUACCUGGAUUCAUUCUUCGAUGACGGGCGCGCUUACAGUCUGGGGGCGAUCAAUCGCGACUGCUGGCAUCUGUACACUUUGAGCCGCGGGGGAGGGGGCUCCGGCAACAAUUUCCUCCAGAAGAACAACAACUUCAACCACCAUAAGCAGCAGCUGAUGAACAACAACCAUUACAACAACAUGAACAACAACUUCAACCAUUUGAUUAAUGGCAAUAAGCACAACACAACAAAUGUAUCGCUGACUCCGUCGGCCCACCAUGGCCUGAUUGAAUCUCUGCAGUUACCUGAUCCGGAUCAGACCAUCGAGAUACUGAUGACUGAUCUGGACCCGAAAGUGAUGGCUGUUUUUACCAAAGACUUGUGUAACACGGCCAAGGAGGCUACCCAGAAAUCGGGCAUCUACAAGCUGAUUCCUGGAAUGGUAAUCGACGAUUACCUCUUUGAUCCGUGCGGUUAUUCCAUGAAUGGCGUAUCCAAGAGUUGUGGGAAAAAGUACAAAGAGGGAUGCUACAUGACGAUCCACAUAACUCCGGAGCCCGAUUUUUCGUACGUCAGCUUUGAGACCAACGUGGCCUCGGCCGGUUACGGUGAUUUGAUUGCACGUGUGAUUGAAACUUUCCAACCCGGAAAGUUUAUAGUGACUGUUUUCGCUAAUAAGACAUCGCUGGCUGCGAACGCAUCCCGCGAGCUAGAGCAUUUGGCCAACAUCGACCAGUGGAAGCGUCGUGAUAUUCAAUUCGCCCGUUUCGCUAGCUACGACCUGACCUAUGCUCAGUACUGCAAAUACCCAAGCUGAG